AUGGAAUCAGAUCAGGGAAAGCUGUUUAUCGGCGGGAUUUCAUGGGAUACCGACGAGAAUCUUCUGAAAGAGUACUUCAGCAAUUACGGCGAGGUUUUGCAGGUGACGGUGAUGCGGGAGAAGGCCACAGGUCGUCCCAGGGGAUUCGGAUUCGUGGCAUUCUCGGAUCCCGCUGUGAUUGAUAGGGUUCUUCAGGAGAAGCACCAUAUCGACAAUAGAGAUGUCGAUGUGAAGAGAGCAAUGUCUAGGGACGAGCAGAAUCCUGCAGGGAGAUCAGGAAAUUUUAAUGCUUCUAGGAAUUUUGAUAGCGGCGCUAACGUCAGGACCAAGAAGAUAUUCGUGGGAGGUUUGCCUCCGGCACUAACAUCAGACGAGUUCAGGGCCUAUUUUGAAACCUACGGACCUGUGAGCGAUGCGGUCAUUAUGAUUGACCAGACAACGCAACGCCCUCGAGGGUUUGGGUUCGUGUCGUUCGACUCGGAAGACUCCGUCGACCUUGUCUUGCACAAGACUUUCCACGAUUUGAAUGGUAAACAAGUAGAAGUUAAAAGGGCCCUCCCGAAAGAUGCUAACCCCGGAGUAGCGAGCGGCGGUGGUCGCGGCGGCGGCGGCUCUGGAAGCUUUCAGGGGUACGGUGGUUCCGGUGGAAGUGGCUAUGAGGGCCGUGUGGAGUCCAAUAGAUACAUGCCGCCUCAAAACGCUGGAAGCGGCUAUGCUCCUUAUGGUGCUUCUGGGUAUAACUCUGGUGGUUAUGGUUAUGGCAGCAACGGUGUAGGUUACGGAGGUUUCGGAGGGUAUGGAAACCCAGCUGCUGCGCCGUAUGGGAAUCCUGGUGUCCCUGGAGCUGGCUUUGGAAGCGGUCCAAGAAGUUCGUGGGGAGGUCAAGCACCGUCGGGUUACGGUAAUGUUGGGUAUGGAAACGCUGCUCCUUGGGGUGGUUCUGGUCCUGGUUCAGCAGUGAUGGGUCAAGGAGGUGCAUCUGCUGGUUACGGAAGCCAAGGUUAUGGCUAUGGUGGAAAUGAUUCCUCUUACGGGACUCCGUCUGGUUACGGAGCUGUUGGUGGUCGGUCUGGGAGUAUCCCUAACAGCCACGGCGGUGGCUAUGCUGAUGCGGCGGAUGGCUCCGGAGGCUAUGGGAAUCACCAAGGGAACGGGCAAGCUGGUUAUGGCGGAGGUUAUGGAAGCGAUUCUAAAAUCCAAACUGAUUCUUCCUUUCCUUUCGCUAAAUCCUCUUCUCUCCCACAGCUUCUAGGGUUCAAGAAACAGGAUCGCCACAACUUACCUUGUUUGAUCCUGGAAGAACUCGACAAAGAACAAUGUCAGAGAUUCACAACGGCAUGUUUCUUUUGCUCCACCGAUGAUGAUCCAUGGAAGAACUCGUGUUAG